AUGAUUCAGAUUGAAUUGUGGUGGUGGAAUGUGAACGUCGAGAAGCAGAUGAGAGGCCGGUUCUACCGGCAAGGGCAGGAUAAGGAGGUAAAGGUAUAUAGGUUAAAGAGCAACGCCGUUGUCGAUCGCAUCAUUUCGGAAAACCAGGUCAACAAGGGCUUGUACAAUGAUACCAUGAUGGGCACCAUCGUUUGCGACGACAGCCAAGAGGUGGUCAUCCCACCAGUGUUUGAGAGUCGGGAGCUAGACGAAGAAGAGACUGAGCUAUAUAGGCUCCACCAGCAACUCUCCGCUCACUCUUCCCCGAGCUUGCCGCGAAGAGAGGAUAGGUCUCUACCUCGGCUCUCGGGCAUCGGAUGA